AUGAUUGAAAAACAAUUCAAGGUCAUCUUCCUGUGUUUACGCGAGAUCAAGUCUGUGGAUAAGAUGUCUGCGAAGAUUCUACUUGCCUUAAACGUUUGCCAGGGACUGGCCAACAAACAGUGUGACUUGGCUAAGUCGCAUUUAAGGUCACUGACCACAAAGACUAUAUUAAUUCUUGACAACGCUGAGGAUCUUCUUAAACUCAAGGAAAACAACGAACUUGUGGUCGAAUUACAAGAGGAGCUGAAAAAUGCGCAGUCCUACACUAAAGACUUCAAACAGCAAAUUUUAGAUCUGAGAGAUAAAUUACUAGAAGAACAAGAGACCACCCGAAAGAAAGAGGAAUUUGUGGCCCACUUAAAAAGAGAACUGAAUGAAUUGGUGCGAGAAAAAGAUCUUCUGGCUUUGGAAAAGAAAUGUGAACAUCACGCGACAGAAACCGCCAUGAACAAUGCUCGUGAAAUGCAGAAACAGGCGGCAAAGAGCGCGAAAGAUGCGGGAAAAAAUAAAGGUAUGAGUGUUAUACUCUAACUGCUUUGAAUGGCGUAGUGGGGGGCGGGGGGGGACCCUUUUGGGUUACUUGCACAGAAAAGGCGGGUAGGGCCGUUUUAAUAAAGAAAUGAACAAUUUUUUUCCUUUCAAGAAUAUCGUCAUCGUGAAUGUCGGACACUCACACCCCUUCCUCCAAAAAAUAUACUCCUAUACUCCUUGUCAUCCUCAUUCUCAAGUCUUUGCCUCCCCCCUUCCCCUGUUUUUCCCUCAGAACCAAACUAAAGAACUCGAUGAGUAUUUUAAACGGGAAUUUACAAGUCUUUCUGUUUACGGCGAUAAUCCCUCGUCAGUUUCCUGUCACAUAGUCUUUUUACAGUCUUCCUCUUCCUCUCCCUCUGUGACACAUAAAAGGCUUCUAUAAGACAGCGAACUGCUGUCAGUCUGCGCAUAGUAUGGAGAUCCGGGGGGACUCUCAUAUGAAAAGGAUCGGGAUGCUCGGCGGAAAUUUUGAAAAGAACCUCUAAGAUAUAUCAAGACCCCGUUUUGUGGGCGUAGAUUGAAAUUUUUUUUCCACCCGUAAGAGGUUGAAAUCCUAAAACAAGACAUUAUCUCCGGCCAUACGUUUUUUAGGGGUGUUGUCGUUUGUGGGGGGCCUAAUUAUAAAACUUGUAAGACACGGGUAAAUGGUGUGGAGGUUGAUUUUGAUCGCCAUUCUUU